AUGGUUACUCCCGCUGCUGGGCCUGCUGGUUCGAUUGUGCCAAAUGCUAGCAUGACCACAAUCCUGGCGGGCGAGUCUGGCAAGCCUUUCAAGAUAUUGACAGACUUGCUCACUUCUCGCUCCCCGUAUUUUCGCGAACUGUUCGGAACACCAGCGCGUCGUCACUCCAUGACCAAUUUUCCCAUCACGAGGGAGCUCCCUGAGGCUUCCGAUGCUACGCUCGCAUUUCCCGAACUCAACGAAUUCGCGUUCGCCCUUUUCAAUAUGUGGCUUUAUGGAGGACAGCUGUCCGGCCCAAGCAACUGCCAUACGGUACAACACUAUCUUGGUCUCUACGUUCUGGCCACACGCUUUCAGAUUGAAAAAUUGGAGAAUGAAGUCAUGGAUCUCAUCCGAGCCUACCACCGGGGUUCAAAUUCUUCGUGUCCGCCAUACAGACUCGAGUAUAUCUACGAGAACACGAGCGGGCCUAACAAGAUGAGAGAAUUCCUUGUCAGUGCCACGGCGUAUCAUAUUGUCGCCGAGGGUAGCAUGACCAAUGUGAUGCGGAAUGUUCUCGGCCAUGGCGGUGAGCUUACAAUGGAUUUUGUCGAUUCGUUGAUCAAGGUUAAGACGGGAGAAAGUGUGGGUGUCUGGAAGGAGAAAGAUUGCGCGUGGCAUAAGCAUAUUGAAACAAGACCUUGUCAAAGAUCUGGGAGUGAGGAGUGA